AUGAGUUUCAGAGACGCGCUUCAAAAGAUUAUAAAUCAGCCUGAAAAGCAUGAGUCGGUUUUGUUUUUUGACAAAAAUGUGGUUAUAAUCAAGGACUUGUUCCCUAAAUCGUUUAGACAUCUACUAGUUAUUCCAAGAGCUAGUGAUGUUUCGCAUCAACACCCCCUCGAGGUGUUCAAUACUCAUUAUCAAGCAUUCACCGGAGAAGAGCUAUAUAAACAAUUGGGCGAAUAUGUUGAAGAGGCAAGAUCUAUGAUUCUUGAUAGUCUAAGCAAAGAGUUUAACAUUAAAGAGGAGGAUAAGGAAGCAUUUAUCCAGCGUCAAUAUGACUUUGUCAAAACGGGAGUUCAUUCAGUACCUUCAUUACGCAACUUACACAUUCAUGUUAUGACUCUGGAUUUUAAUACACCUUAUAUGAAGAAUAAAAAACAUUACAAUUCAUUCAAUACCAAAUUCUUUGUUGCGUUUGAAGAGUUGGAUCCUUUUUAUAAUGAAAAGUAUUGCAAUCUCGUCAACAAAUUUUCCGAUUUCGAUUCCGACUCAGACGCGCCAAUAAGUGGAGAGUCCGAUGAUGAACUGACAAUGUUUAUAAAACAUUCCAAAGAUGAGACUUUUUUGCAAAAUCUCAUCAAAAAUACUCCUUUCAAAUGUUCACUGUGUUCUGAAACGUUUGGAAACUCAAUGGUCAGAUUGAAGGAACACUUGAAAAUUGAAUUUAGUAAACGGUUUGACCUAUUUGAUUGUGAUUUAGAGACAUUAAAGAUUAACAACUUUUGA